UCCCAGCAGCUUGUCGUAAUGGACCAGAUGACAGUCACACAGCAACCGAGGCUGUCGGCCCCCCGCGGCUCGCCGUCAGCGUUCCAGGAGGAGGAGGCGGGGGGCGUCGCCACAGGAAGUGAGAACGACUCGAGGUCAAACGACCCGGCGCUCACGCAGCCCGGCCUCGGCGUCACCACGACGACCGUCACCACCGUCACGCAGACGGGAGGAGUCUGGAGCAGCGGCCUGCUCGACGUCGGCGGGGACCGGACCACGUGUGUCCUGGGUGCUGUGGCGCCGUGCUGUCUGGACCUGAGUCUGGCUCACCAGUACGGAGAGUGCCUCUGCCUGCCUCUGCUGCCCGGAUCCACCUUCGCCAUGCGGGUCGGGAUCCGGGAGCGCUUCAAGAUACGGGGCAGUGUGUGUGAGGACUGGACCGCAGUGUGCUGCUGCUACCCUCUGGCUGUGUGCCAGAUGAUAAGAGAGAUGAAGAGGAGGAUGAAGAGGCGGACCUACCACGUGGUCACCGCCCUCCAAAGCUCGUGAAGAAGCGAGUCGGGACGGAGGCCGAGCGCGAGGCGGUCGGCACCGGGAGGGUUCUGAACGCCCGGAGGACGCCGUGGACCCUGAAGCUCACCCCUAACAGGGCGAAGAGGUCGUGAGAGGUCGUGAGAGGUCGUGAGAGGUCGUGAGAGGCCGUGAGAGGCCUUGAGAGGCCGUGAGAGGUCUUGAGAGGUCUUGAGAGGUCGUGAGAGGUCGUGAGAGGCAGUGAGAGGCCUUGAGAGGCAGUGAGAGGCCGUGAGAGGUCGUGAGAGGUCGUGAGAGGUCGCAAGAGGUCGUGAGAGGUCGCGAGAGGUCGCGAGAGGCCGCGAGAGGCAGUGAGAGGCCGUGAGAGGCCGCGAGAGGUCUUGAGAGGUCGUGAGAGGUCGUGAGAGGUCGCGAGAGGUCUUGAGAGGUCGUGAGAGGUCGUGAGAGGUCUUGAGAGGUUGCGAGAGGUUGCGAGAGGUCGCGAGAGGCAGUGAGAGGCCGUGAGAGGUCGUGAGAGGCAGUGAGAGGUCGCGAGAGGUCGCGAGAGGCCGCGAGAGGUCGUGAGAGGUCGUGAGAGGUUGACCUUUCAUUCCUCAAUGAACAUCAGCAGAGGCUCAGCGGUUUGAAUGUGUGUGUGUGUGAUGAAGACCUCCACACUGCUGGGCCUCUUCCUCACAUGUUAUUCAUACACUUUCUGUCGACGUACGACAUCCUGACCUUUGACCUCACGUCGUAAACAGUCAGGGCCAAUGGACCCGACGAGACGUGUUAAUAAUGUGUGAUGGAGGGAUGUAAAUUCAUCCAUAAGGAGAGAGAGAAGAGGAGAGAGGAGCUCAGUGUAUCCUAAAACAAUAUGUUACUGGUUAAAGGCUUGUUUAAUUCAGGUUUAAGGCAGUAUAAUACUGGUUUAAGGUAGUAUUAUACUGGU